AGUUCACCUCAACAUCAUAUCACUACAAUGUCUCUGAACUUCUCAACAGUAAGCAAUACACAGAGACAACAGACAUUUCACACUGCUCAUAACAUGUUCCAGUUGUUAACUCGAGCAACAUAAACCAUAAAACAUAACAGUUUUAUGGUCAUGGUUGUGCCGUCAGGUGGGACAGUAAUUGGAGCAGUCAUGGCUACAGACAAAGACCUCCCACCCACUGCAGUCAGUUACUCGAUCAUCUCUGGAGGUGGCGGCGCCGGCCUGUCCAAAAUCUUCUACUUGGACCCCAAGCUGGGACGCAUUAUUUUGUUUACCAGACCAGACUACGAGACUCCAACGACGAUCCACACUCUCCUUAUCCGAGCCGUGGAUGGAGACCCCAUCAGACCCCUCAGUGCUACCGCCACGGUCACCAUCAACAUCAUAGAGGCCAACGAUGAGCCUCCCUUGUGUAGCCCCAAUAAGACCAACCUGGUUGUCCCCAAAGACCUUAAGAUCGGCACCAAUAUCCAGGGCUUCAUCCUGUCCUGCACAGACAAAGAUUCUCCACCCACCUCCUUCAUCUACUCCAUCUCAGGGGCCAGCAACCUGAACAAUCACUUUGUCUUCUCCCAUGCAUCGGGCACUAACGUCACACGGCUUCUCUUGAGGGAGCCCUUUGACUUUGAGAGUGGCCUGGAUCAGGUGUGGCAGUACAGCCUGACUGUGCUGGUCUCAGAUGGGAACCUGAGGGAUCGGGGACCGACUCAGACUGGCACCAUCAUCAUCAACAUUGCUGUGGUGGACCCUGAUCUCACCACCAUCAUCACCACAACCACUCCUCGCGUCACAUACAUCCAUAUUACUGAGAACUCGUUCAGCAUGCAGGACUGGUAUGUGUGGUUUAUCAUUGCCCUGGGUGCCAUGCUCCUGCUGGGGCUCCUAGCGUGUCUGCUGUACCAUCUGGGGAAGUGGCUCUCCACCAAGGAGUGCACCUGCUGCCGACGCCUCCCAGCGGAGCACAAGGAAGAGGUGACCAAGUUCAACACUGUGUUUGAUGGAGAGGAAGUCGACCCUGUCACAAAGCGUGUGUAUGAAUACAACAGCAAGUCAGGAGCCAGACGCUGGAAGGACAGUGGCGAUGUGGUAGAGUCUCGACCACAACCCGAAAGCAGCACCUUGGUAAUCUCGGAGAUGUCCACCAGUCAGCAGGACCACUCAGGCCCCGGCCAAUCACCUUUUGGGAGGGCUGACACUGACCUAUUGCAGAGCAGGAGUGAGGCUGAGGGAAGGGUGUCUCAGGAGCUUAGACACAUCCCCAGAGGAUCCCAGUUGCUAAACAUGAGAUCAGGACAGUCCGCUUCAUCAUCUGCCCAGUCAGCCAGAGGUGUGGCAAUUGAAGUCCAUAAUAUUUCUGAGGUCUAA